GAAGCGCCCAAUUAACAGUCUUGUCAACGCAUCCUCACUUCCUCUUGUUAGCUUGCCGGGCGCCACAAUAACAUUGGCGUUAAUAAGAGCCGGUCCUCUGUAUAUAUCGUCAACGCACCAUCGAUAGACGAACGACGACACUAACAGGCAAGCCGAAAUUGGUCCUCCUCAAGUAAACAGGGAGAACACUUCUUACGCCGCGAGUACUGUCCACUGCAUGCAUUCCCUGCGACGCCAGAGCACGUACCUGACUAUUUUCGCUCAAUUCCAGUGAUAUUCGGCACUCAAGAUCUGGAAUGACGACUUAUGGAAGAAUUCUUGCCAUAGCAGUGGUGAUACCAGUCAUCGCUUAUUCAUCGGCUCACAAGUGUGCCCUGUCGGGCCGCCGUCGUCUGUAUCAAGGAGACUUUACGAAUGAAAUGCGCGCCAUGCAACGGCAAAUUGUGAAACGCCACAACCAUUACCGCCGCCUUCAUGGUGUCCCCAUCCUGAGAAAGAGCGAAAAGUUAAACCGCAUUGCUCAAGGAUGGGCUGAGCACUUAGCAGACAUCGAUGGCUUGAGUCACCUGAGGGGCGAUUAUGGAGAGAACCUCUACUUUGGCUCAAGUGGACCCACUCGUUUGAACGGAAAAAGCAUUGUAGACCGGUGGUACAUGGAGAUCUGCCAUUACGACUACAGGAACCCGAUAUACAAACCUCGAACGGGACACUUCACCCAAGUAGUGUGGAAGGCAACCCGUCGCAUCGGUAUUGGCUUUGCGACGAGCAGUAACGGUAACGACUACGUUGCGUGUUUCUACACGCCAGGAGCAAACGUGCCUGGCGCGUUUUCAGAUAAUGUUCCUGAGCCGAUAAAUGGCCUCCCCAGCAGAAAAAAGUGCCAGGCUAGGAAAGAAGCGUUCUUUUAAUUUUGGUGCGCCGCUGUGCGAUUGUCACGAGCCAGCUGGCUAUGCUUGUGAGUACAACCAGCGUGGUCAAGUAUUAUUCUUCGAAGAAAGUAAUAAAGCCAAUGCA